AUGGCGUCUGCUCCUUCGGAAAAAGAUCUGCAGGAGCUGCUCCGCUUGCUGACAACAACGCGCAAGCUGCCCAUCUUGCAGGCAAUGACGCAGGUGAAGGCGCUACAGGCUGCCAAUCUGCGAAGCAUCCAACAAAUUGCCGAGGCGCCGGCGGAUGUUGUCAAGGACGCCAUCAAGGAUGCUGCCGCGGCCAAGUCAUUACAAACGAGCUGCAAGACGGCCCUCAAGAAAAUGGCCGCAGGCGGCAGCGCAACCGGCAGCAAACGGACAGCUUCGGCCAGUGGAUCGGCAUCGGCCAAGCGGGCUAAGCAGCUGGACGGCACAGCAGCUGCGUCGAGCAGCAGCAAUAUGUUUAUGGGUCCCGAGCCGAUGACCGCCGCCGAGCUGGAACGCUCCCUCGAGCUUCCCGUGUUUGUGCCGGCCGACGAGGAGGAAGAGGCCCGCAUCGCUUCCACCGUCCUCCUGACCAACCGUGCGCCCUUGGUUUUGGCGUUUGCCGUCGAGCUGCUGCGCUACACCAUGCCGGAGCAGCCAGUGUCGAGCCGCUUGAGUCUGGCCCAGGCUGUCGUCAGUGCCAACUCGCGGUCCAAGGCCACGAGUCUCGGCUUGGAGUGGGCGAAAGGACCCAGUGCCGACGAGUCCGGCUGGGGCCAGGGCCAGCCGCGGGUCCGCAUCCUGGGCCGUGAGGUGGCCGUGCUCAAGCGCAGCGGGUAUACUUGGAAGGGCGACGAAGAACAAGAGGAGGUGGAUCAUAUCGACGAUGACAAGAAGCCAGAGGCCACACAUGCAACCGGGAACGACGCUGUUGUGGCCUCAGAACCGCAACAAGCACCACCACAACUCGCUCCACAGGUCCACAGUGCCUUGUCACAGCCUGCCGCCGGUGUUUGGUCUACCAGCCAGACCAUCUCCCUCAAGGACUCGACGUUUGUGGCGCGCGCCACCACCAUCACCGAUCCGGCACAGCGGGCGGGUCUGCUCCGUUCUCUCAUGGAAGCGCAUCCCAAGCUUCUGACGGCCUCGCACAACGCCUGGGCCUACCGGGUCCGCAGUACCAGCAGCGACUACGCCAGCAGCGUGCGCCAGGAUUCGUACGAUGACGGCGAGACGGGCUGUGGCGACCUGAUGCUGCGCAUCCUGCACGAACUCGGUGCUGUCGAUACGCUGGUUGUGCUGACGCGCUGGUUCGGCGGCACGUUGUUGGGCCCGGAUCGCUGGCGGCUGAUGCGCAACUGCGUGACGGGUGUCAUGGCGGAGCGCCUGCGCCGCACGGGUGCGGAUGUGGCCUUGGGUGGCGAGGCGGCGUGGGGACUGGACCUCGAGGCGAUGCGCGAACAGCAGGAAGCUGGUGGUGCUGGUGCUGGUGUUGGUCCUGGUGGUCGAAGCAGUAGUCACAGCGCCGCCUCGCGCUUCAAGCACGGCCCCAAUACAGGGCUGACGCCUGUGGUCGGCAUGCCCAUCCACCGGCCCGAAGGCGCUCGGCAAUAUCUCAUGCGCAACUUCGCGUCCUCUGAAGACUCUGGAAAGGUUGGCGGUGUCGGGCCGACAUCCGAGACAACUCCAACGAAAAAGAAGAAGACAGUCAAGGCCAUGGAUGCCGAGAAGGAAGAGAAUCUCAGCCUGCUUCUGGGUGCCCUGCGCAUGGUCUAUGACAGCUGGGCCGAUCACAUUACGACCGCCGAGCUGGACCGGCGCGCCUGGAGCUGGUAUGUCGCCGUGCGGCCGGAUGUUGACGCUGGCCCCUCUGGUUGGGGCGCCAAGGGCACCGUCAAGCUCAAAGACAUUCUGGCACUUCGGCGAAUAGAGCAGAAGACAUGA